AUGGCUCUGGAUAAUCUCCGACUUAACCAUGUGACGAUAGGCGAUUGGCGCCUACUGGUAACCCGAGUCCGGUCCGUUAUGGCUCCAGCAGAUAUAGCUCGUCUCGGCGCAGCAUUAUAUAUCUAUCCUGCCAAGGAUGCAGUAGGCGACUAUAACCACACCAGGCUACGGGACCUCAACGCACCGGUAAUCUGUGUCACCGCGGUCAAUUCGGGCCAUUCGCAGGCUAAGGAUAUACCGACAGACCUCGCAGGAAACCUCGCCCUGUGUCUAGAGCUCGCAAUUGGUACUCGAGUAAUAUUACUACAGAAUAUCUGGACCCAAUUUCCGCUGGCUGUAGCGUAUACGGUCACCGUCCACAAGUCUCAGGGGACAUCGGUCACCGAGGCAGUGUUAGAUCUCAGCCGCCAGGACUUCUCGGCUGGCCUAUCAUACGUGGCGAUAUCUCGGAUACGGUCGAUCGAAGGCCUUCUGUUCGAGACUCCCUUCGACUUCGAGCGCUUUAAACCGAAGCAUCACCAGAUAUUUGCUAUGCGCGCCGCAGAUCACACUCGCCGGCGGAAUCAGCUCCUAACUGGCUGGUCGUUCAGGCUCUUAGUUCCUUAUCGUUGCUAUUCUCAAAUCGAUGCUGCUGAUCAAUAG